GCACGUAAAAUGUGUGUUAUGUACGGAAGUUUGUCCGCCACGCCCAUAGGGUGCGCGCGUUACGCACUCGGAACAAAGUCACAGCUUGCUCCGCUUGCUGUGUUCUAUUCCAGCUACUUGUGCACGUAUCGUCCUGCUUGGUCAGUCAGGUGUCAAAAUGGUUGUUCUGUCCAAGGAGCACGGUUACGUCGUGCUGACUGGUGUCGCCAGCAUGAUCAUGGUGGGACACUUGGCAAUUCAAGUGGCCAAAGCUCGCAAGAAGUACAAUAUGCCGUACCCCAAAAUGUACAGCGAUGAUGAUAGUGAAGAGGGCAACAUUUUUAACUGUGUGCAGCGUGCACACCAAAACACUCUGGAGCUCUACCCUGCCUUCCUUUUCUGUCUGGGUGUUGGUGGCCUUCAUUGCCCUCGUCUCAGCAGUGGACUGGGACUUGUUUGGAUCAUAAGCCGAGAGGUUUACGCGCAUGGCUACUCAACAGGAGAUCCUCAAAAAAGAAUGCGGGGAGCUUUUGGCAACGUGGCUCUGCUGGGGAUGAUUCUGACCACCGCCAGCUUUGGACACCACUUGUUGGGCUGGACGCGGCCGUGUUUGACGUCUUGGUGCGAUGCCAAAAAAUGUUGCUGAAUGGCGGGAGCCAUCAUACAAACACAACUUCACCUUUGCCACCGUUUAAAACAAGUAAUCCAUCUUCAGUGACCUGACUGGUUUUCCAUGUUGGGAGUGGCCCCUCACAGUUAAGAGUUGUAGAGUGUUGCUACCAAACUAGAAUUGCUUUUUUUUAAAUAAAUGGAGUUUAAGUUCA